GUCAGUCCCUCAGGCACUCACCAUGAGGCCAGGCCUGAUCCUGCUGACACUGCUGGCACUAGCCACCACAAGCCACUCACAAGAGUCUUGCAUGGACCGCUGUGAGCUUGGCUUUGAUUCUGAGAAGAAAUGCCAGUGUGACACCAUGUGCAAAUACUAUAGCAGUUGCUGCUCCGAUUACGAGACCGCCUGUCGGAUGCACAUCCGUGGGGACACGUUUGUGCUGGCUGAGGAUGACGAGGAGGAGGAGACCAAUGGCACAGACAGCAGCCCAGGCAGAGGGGAAGGGCGGGCGCAGGGGCGGCAGGCAGACCUCCUCACCACCCCUCCUCCCACCCCCACGGUGACCGGAGAGCAACGGACGGUGGACCUGGACGUCAACACAGGAGACCCCAUACCUACUACACACAGCUUCCCAUCAUGGACACCAUCAGACACGCUCAGUCCCUCAACUAUAAGCCCAAGUGCUGCUGCCACCACCGGUGAUGAGGACAGGACAACUGGCUUUCCUGGUGGAGCCACUGAUGUGUCAACAACAGGGACAGACGUUAGCGGGGUGGCAAUGACCACAGGUGCAGUGGGUGGUACCACUGAGGCUUUCGGAACCACUGUGCAUGGAGGAAGUACUGAGCCGACUGCCACCACCACCACCACCACCACAGAGGCCCCGACCACCACCAGCGCCCCGCCUGAGCCCACCCAGCCCAUAGACCCAGAUGCGGAGGCCUGCAGCGGGAGACCCUUUGAUGCCUUCCUGCAGCUGAAGAAUGGGACCAUCUUUGCAUUCAGGGGGCAGUACUUCUUUGGGCUGGAUGAGAAGUCAGUAAUGCGGGGCUACCCAAGACUAAUCAAGGAUGUGUGGGGGAUAUCUGGACCCAUAGACGCCGCCUUCACCCGCAUCAACUGCCAGGGAAAAACAUACAUUUUCAAGGGAAAUAAAUACUGGCGAUUUGAGGACGAGGUGUUGGAUGAGGAUUUCCCGCGAGACAUCAACGUGGGCUUCACUAAGAUCCCUGACGACGUGGACGCAGCCUUUUCCAUCCCAGCUCAUGGCCACCACGGCCAUGAGAAGGUCUACUUCUUCAAAGGCGAACAGUAUUACCUGUAUGAGUUCAAACAUCAGCCCACCCAUGAGGAAUGUGCUGAGAUGUCCGUGAGGUCCCCCUCCGUGCCUUUCCAGCAGUACAACAACAUGUACUACGACAGCUGGCAGGACUUUUACAACAUGCUCUUCGGGAGAUUGCCAGAGUCCCACCACGGGCCGCACUUCAUCCACAAGGACUGGAAGGGCCUCAAGGCCCCCGUAGACGCCGUGAUGGCCGGCCGGCUCUACAUCACGUCACGGCCCCCCCCUGACCUGUACCCACCACCACCCCCCAGGAGAAACGACCAGCAGCAGUGGGGGCAGCAGUACCGGCAGCAGUAUAGCCAGGACUGGGAACAGCAGUAUGGCCGCCGCAGGCAGAACCGCUCCCCACCUGAGGGGCCAGGGGCAGCAGCAGCAGCAGCAGCCCAGGGACCCUUUAACAUCGGGAGUUUUUUCGCCGAACGCGGGAUGAACAUCGGCAGGGAGUUCGCCGAGCGCGGUAUGAACCUGGGACGGGAGAUGGCGGAGCGCGGGAUUAACAUCGGCAGGGAGUUCGCGGGCAGCAACAGGUACGGCGAUUACCUGAGAGAUCUGGAGGACCGCUGGAGGGACGAGGAGGACCGUCGACGAGAUGAAGAGGACCGACUGAGGGACCGGUGGAGGGACGAGUACAGCCGUCGCUACGACUACGACUACAGAUACUUCUACGACGUGCUUCAGAAGAGUCAGCCUGUGCAGGCGGUGUACUUCUUCAGAGGAGACAAAUACUACAGAGUGGAUCUGAAGUCCAAGAGAGUGGAUCCUGGAAACCCUCCAUAUCCACGGCCCAUCGCCAAAUUCUGGCUCGGCUGCAAGGACAAACCUGGGGAAGAGAAAUGAGCCUCUGGGUCAUGUUGGGACGAAAUACAUCCUAAUCAUGUUCGGAUCUGACAUGGACAGUAUGAGGGCCGCCAUUUUCUAUCACCACAUUGUCGUUUUUUUAUGAUCAUUACCAGAUUUGUAUCAGUCAUCACUGACGAACCGGUAACACUUUAUUUUAGAGUUACAUCUAUUACCACUAAUACAUAAAAUGUGCCUGUAUAAGUAACUUCUAAGGCAUGUACAAAGCAAAAUCAAACAUUUGUUAGGCAUGUAUUCGCAAAUGUUCAUGCACAAUAAGGGAUUUAUUACCAAUUUAACCUUAGUAAGGACCUAUAGGCCGUAGCUUGUGCUUAGUACAUGCCUUACAAGUUACUUAUGCAGGCAUUAACAUUGUAUGUAUUAGUACUGAUAGAUAACGCUUAAAUAAAAUGUUACCUCACUGACCUCCUGUUUACCAUUGCAAGUGCACCUCAACAAGUUCUGGACCUUUGUAGGCCUACAAUAAAUUUUCAGACAUUGUGCAGGUUAUUUAUCAUAUGAUGCAUAUGGAUUUUUUUCAAAAUGCAUGUGAACACUUUAUUCCACUGAAAGCCCAAACGAUGAUUAGCCUCACAGCAGGACAAUGAGAUGCAUGUUUAAGUAUUAAUUGCAUACCCUUUAUUACAUGUAAGACAUAAUGCCAAUAGAAAUACCUAAUGUGAACUGCACAGCUGGAGGGUUCAUGCCAUUGUUUGGCAAGUGACAAAUACAGUUCAGUGAUUGGAUGUAUUUUCCUUUUUUGUCAAAUCUUUUAUUGUUCUGUUGCAUUGUCUCUGUUUGCUUCAAAUGAGCUCCCAAACAAGUCUCCUACGGGUUAAAUGUCAUGGAUUCUUGAGAAUGUGGCUAAAACAGCUUUUAAUUUCGAAAGAUUUUGAAGAUUGUUCAAAUCCAAAAUGUAGAGGUAUUAUCAGACGACAAAGGUCUUGGCUGUGCAGCAAUGUAUCAGUCAACCUCCCCAUGUUUUACUUUUUUCAGAAAACAGGCUAUUACUUGGUUUUGUUAACACAGGCAGACACAAUUAGUAGGCUAGUAAAAAGAAAAUGUUUAGUGUAUUAACGUGAAUAAUUACUUUAAUAAUUCUGCAGAAUUGUAGAUACAUUCAUAGCACAUUCAUAGACUCACUUUGCUGUUCUGUAGAACUGCUUGGUGUUCUUCCAUGUAGUGGUGAUGUUAUUAAAUUCAAUCAGUGAUUUUUGUUUUAGUGUAACAGA